CUCCAGGUGUAAGGGGCAUCCACAACCUCCCUGGGUAACCUGUUCCAGUGUCUCACCACCCUCACUGUAAAGAAUGUCUUCCCAUUACUGAGUCAAAGUCUACCCUCUUCCAGCUUCAAUCCAUUUCCCCUCAUCCUAUCACUGCAAGCGUUUGUAAAAUGUAUCUCUCCAGCUUUUUAUUCUGUAGGCCCCUUCAGGUACUGGAAGGCUCCUGUGAAGUCUCCCCAGAGCCUUCUCCAGGCUGAACAGCCCCAACUCCCUCAGCCUGUCCCCAUAGGGGAGAUGCUCCAGCCAUCUUCACGGCCCUCCUCUGCGAACACAAAUCCCUGCAGUAAGAGAUGGCUGUGAAUCAGGCCCUGGAACACUUAGAUAUGCUAAUGAUGCAGUUAUGUUUACUGUUUAUUUCUUUGCAGGUUCCUAUUUCAGCAGUCAAAUCAAUUUGCUGAUAUGGAAAAAAAGUACAAUUUCCUGCGGCAAGAAGCUGAAAAGUUCCUGGAUGUGGAAACUAGAGUUAACUUGAUUUCUAAGAAGCUUGAGUCUUCUGAAAGUAUCCUAGAAGAAGCUGCCUCAUCCAUCUCUGUGGUGACUGAGUUUGAGCAGGAAAUCUCUUCUCUUCAGAACAUCGUAAAUGAUAUACAGAACAAUGAAAAAACUCUCUCUGUGAAGAUGCAGAUCAUUAAUGAGAAGUUCCAAAAUGUUACCAGUUCCUGGAGAAGAAGCUUGGAUGAAUUGAACACGAACGCUAGCAGUUUAAAGUCUGAAGCCAAGUCCAUACAUACAGAAGUUACUUCCCAAAUUAAUGAAGUUGACCAAAGAAUUAAAUCCCUUUCAGAAAGAGUAAAAGAUUUGGAAGAGAGUACAGCCAGAAAUAUUAAAACACUAAAAAGGCAAGAAGAUGAUGAAUUCUCUAGAGUUGAACAAAAGCUGGACUCACAAGCAAAGGCAGUUGAAAAGCUAGAAGAAGAACAGAAUAGCCUGGUAGCCAAGAACACAGACCUGAAUCAGAAACUUGUGAACUAUGAACCUAAAAUUGAGGAGUGCAAGGCCUAUUUGCCAACAAUAGAAAAUGCUGUUCACUCUAUUCUUAGGUUAUCAAGUGAAAUGCUAAGUUUGGAGAAGAAGAUAGAGGACUUGACAACACAGCUAUAUGCUGUAGAAAAUGACAUGCUGAAAACUCUUUCUGAUACAGCAGAGAUGCAAAAGGUUCUUGAAAGCAUGCAGGAAAAUAACAGCAUGUUGAAAGUGCAAAAUGAAAUAGUGGCCUUAGAAGAAGCAGUGCCUGAUGUAGAAGUAUCUUCAGAAGCAAAAGAAAUCACUCCAGAAAGCUGCAACUCAGAAAAUGAGCAGGAUGAGGAUAAGUGAAUUUGGAGUUGGGGUUUUCAUUGAUGAAAGAGCACUUUAUAACGAACAGUCACUCCAACAGAUGUUAAGGCUAGCUGAACUAUUGUCACUGA